ACUUCGUGACAUGUGGGGCUUUGUAGCCAAAGGAAGUGCGACAUCACAGACUGCCCAGGUCCCCCAGAGCCCUGAUCCCACCCCCCGGAUUCCGGGCCCGGACCUGCCCCUAGGAGGGAGCAACUUCAUCUCUCCGAUCCCAGGCCUUUCUACGUUAAAUGGAGGCAGAUUUUUUGAAAGGCCUGCCUGUCUACAACAAAAGCAAUUUUAGUCGAUUUCACGCCGACUCUGUGUGCAAAGCUUCGAACCGUCGUCCCUCAGUCUACCUGCCCACGCGGGAGUACCCAUCUGAACAGAUCAUUGUGACAGAAAAGACAAACAUCCUUUUGCGCUACCUACAUCAGCAAUGGGACAAAAAGAACGCCGCCAAGAAGAGAGACCAGGAGCAAGUGGACCUUGAGGGUGAGAGCUCGGCGCCCCCCCGCAAGGUUGCACGGACCGACAGCCCGGACAUGCACGAGGACACUUAAGACUCUCGCUCCCCACAGGCGCCUCCUGUCUUGUCUGCUCCUCGCCCGCCCGCCUUGUGUAAGCGCCCCCACCCUGCCCCCCACCGGCCCACCCCCCGCCCUACAAUCCAUACCACUUCCAACCUCAUAGGAGCCGAUGUAUUUAUUUUCCUUGAGUUUUUAUUUAUGCUGUAAAAUGUACCAAGCGAUGGUUAAAGGGGACGUCAGACCCAGUAGUGUGAUGUUGGUAGAUGCUUUUUAAAAAACAUUGUUAUUCACAACCCCUCCCCCCCAGAACCCCCUUUGUGCCCCCACAAGCCCCCAGUUCUCCUCCGGAAAAACCAGAGCGUGUCUGCAAGGGCCUAGAGCCGGGGCCCUGCUGUGGCCCGGCAGCAUGCGUGGGAGUCCUUCUCUCUGCUCCUGCUCUCCAGUCCGGGCCUUACAGACUUGGCUUGGACCUGUGUCGUGCCCAGGCUUUGCUCUGAAUGUGUGCCAGGGGGAGAAGUCGGCAUUUCCGGAUCUUUCUCUUAAGUCAUUUUAUCAUGGACUAGUGCGUGCUCCGUGUCCACCCCAAUAAAAGGAUCUUUCCUACUCGA